CUUGGAACGAGAAAGCGAUGCCCAUUAUUUUCACUCGGGAAUAAAUCAAAAUUCCAUUUCCCAGAACCAGAAUUGCUUCGGCUUCACUCACGCCUGCAUUUACCAAUUCUCCUUUUAUCCCGCAUUCUGCUUUCUACUUUCCUUGGAAAUCCAAAUCUCUCUGUAUAUCUGUCUUUUCUUCUUUGCAAAACUCACGGCCGAAGGAAGAAGAGCAGGGACAAAAUGCCGGAAAAUUCGGUGAUGACCCUGGACGAGAUCUCCAUGGAGAGAAGCAACGGCUUCAUUAAUGCCUUGCAGGAACUGAAAAGCUUGAGGCCUCAGCUUUACUCAGCGGCAGAGUACUGUGAGAUGUCUUAUCUUCAUAGUGAUCAGAAACAGAUGGUACUGGAUAACCUGAAAGAUUACGCCGUUCGGGUCCUUGUCAAUGCUGUUGAUCAUCUUGGAACUGUUGCUUACAAACUCAAUGACCUAUUUGAACAACAAACAUAUGAUGUCUCAACUGCAGAGCUAAAGAUUGCAUGUCUCAAUCAGCAACUUCUUGCUUGCCAAACUUACACGGACAAAGAAGGUCUCGGGCAGCAUCAACUGUCAACAGCUGUCCGAAGACAUCACAAGCAUUACAUCUUGCCAAACUCUGUCAACAAAAAGGUGCAGAGUAGCCCCCAGAAACAGACUGAUAUUAGGCAAAAGCUUAUUCAAGCAAAACCACGCCCUCGUCCGUCAGGAUCUUCAUCGAAAACGCUUUCCUGGCAUUUAGCCUCAGAAACUGACUCUGAGUUGAAUGGCACACCACAUGCAUCGCCAGGUGUGGAAGACCACAGAUAUUCAGGCCCAAACUCUCAAGUCUUCCAUCUGCUUGACACUAAAAUUGCUGUUUCAUCCACGCCGGAGUUAGGUCAUCAUCAAUCAUCUAGUGGAGGUCCUGCCUCUCGUGCAGUUCUGAAGACGUUUGGCAUGACACAGAGGGAUUCACCGGCCACCAAAUCAUUAUCAGCGUUUAGAUCCUUUGACACUCCUGAUCGGUGUGAGAUCUUCCACCAGCCUGUUCACAACAAGAAUUUGCUGUCAGCAUUCUUCGUCAAACACAAAUCUGCAAAGCAGCGGAGCUAGGCCUCAUGAUCAAUGCCAUUUGAAUCAAAUGAGACCUUUAAACCUACAGAAUUUUCCUUUAGCUUGGUAAUCUGUUCCUAGUCAUAGUCUAGUAUUUGUCUAAUCAUUUGUAUGGUAUAUUUUCUAUUCCAUUUUAUUCUAUUAACCAUUUGAGUAAGCAUUUUAAGAGGUUGCCAAUUCGACAUGCA